UGCAAGAAUUAGAAGAUCCUCAAUGGGGAAUGAACCAAAGCUGGGCAUCAUUCUGCUACUCUGUAUGCAAACUGCUUUAGCGCUUCUGUGUAGAGAAUGUACAUCCUAUUUACAUCAGAAAUGUCUACAUGAAAUGAAAACAUGCACAGCCAAAGAUGGUGAAUCCUGUCUAACUGUUAGAAUGUGGAAUACACCUUACAGUGAACAGGUACCAAAUGAAGCAUACUCUAGAUGCCAGAAAAACUGUACAACAGAUGACUAUUACUAUGGCGAUUAUACAGUAAUGAUAAAAUGUUGUGAGGCAUAUGACUUCUGUAAUGAUCUUCUUGUGCCAAUUGAUGAAUGGUCCUGAAGAACCUUCAGAUUAUCUUAUGGCUUCCUCCAGUCUUCCUCAUCUU